CGGCAACUACAGCGAAGAAUAAAUUGACAAUUUGGUUGAGUAGUCGUUGUCGUGACCCUCUGUGUUUGUCAUUGUUAUAAAGUGAAAAAGCCGCCACAACGCAACAAAAAAUAAACGGCCAGGACUCCAAUUGCAUCUAACCUGCACGGUUUGCGAAAUAUCGUUGGACACACUGGGCUUUGUAACUAGCUAGAUAAUCACAUAGCCAGCUAGCGUUAGCUACAAUUGCUAGCUCUAGUACACCGUUGGGUCUGUGAGGAUGGCGGAGGAGGAAGACGAAGUUGGUUUUGACGAGGAUUUGGAUGACGGGGCGGGUGGAGCGGAUGGGAACCACGGCAAAAGGAAAAGGCUGUUCUCUAAAGAACUUCGGUGUAUGAUGUAUGGAUUUGGAGAUGACCAGAAUCCCUACACCGAGUCAGUGGACAUCCUGGAGGACCUUGUGAUCGAGUUCGUCACGGAGAUGACACACAAAGCCAUGUCCAUCGGACGCCAGGGCCGUGUCCAGGUGGAGGACAUUGUUUUCCUUAUCCGGAAAGAUCCAAGGAAGUUUGCCAGAGUGAAAGACCUCUUGACGAUGAACGAGGAGCUGAAGAGAGCCCGCAAGGCCUUUGAUGAAGCGAACUAUGGCUCUUAGGGCCUUUGGUAGAGGGAUUUGGCCUUCACCACAAGUACAUGUCUUCUUUCCCUUUUUUAAACUUCUCUUUCAUAUUGUCCAAGCUGUUUAUUCUGCUUUGAUCAGUGGACAUGUGUUUUUGAGGAUUUAAACUUUGUUGUUGCAGAUGUGAACAUAGAGAGUGUUCAUUCACCACCCACUUGUGACUAAAGAUAUGUUUGUGCUCAUGUGAAAUGCUUAUGCCUUCUAUAGACAUCUUUCRAUCUUUAUUUAACUAGGCAAGUCAGUUAAGAACAAAUUCUUAUUUACAUUGACGGCCUAGGACCAGGGGCAGAACGACAGAUUUUUACCUUGUCAGCUUGGAUUCGAUCUAGCAACCUUUCGGUUACUGGCCCAAUGCUCUAUCCACAAGGCUACCUGCCGCCCCAUUAACAUACACACAUCUAAUCCUAGAAAGUUGUGUUAUUUAUGGUAUACUGUGCUGUAUCCACAGAAGGACAUCACAUUGCAGUAUGAAUCAUUAGGUCCUGUGAGGAAAUGUCUCUUAGGUGAGAAUUGUUGUCCUGUUUAUCAGUAAGGAUAGUGACGUAAUGGUGGAAUGGACAUUUAUGAAUAAAGUAACUUCCAAUCCUUGA